GAUGGACAAGAAGCGACGAAAAUUCAAGAUCGAGGAACAAAAUCAAAUCAAUUCCGCCAUGGAUGACCACGAAACUCCCGUUCUUGAACCUGAUUUGACAAGAGACAUCUUCAAGCAGAUUUGGACCAGAAAAGCUCAAGAGCGUGAAGGAAUCGAUUUUCAUCACACCGACGCCAUGGAUUCCGAGGUUGGAGCAGGAACAUCAAAGAAGAUUCGACCAACAUUCGCUAAUCCAAAUGCUCUAAAGCUGAGUUGCGAACUCGUUCGAUUUUUUAUUACAGAGGCGGUGCAGCGAGCUGCUACGGUUGCUGAAGCAAAGGGUGGUGCUAAGUUGAAGCAAUUCAUUUAGAAAGAAUUCUCCCC